CAGAAUCGAUUUCGUCUGCUGAAUUUUCUUCGAUAGUUUUUACUAUUUUCUUGUUUACAAGAUUUUUCGCAUGUGCAAAACAAAAUUGUGUCGUCCGUUUCGUAAAAAUUGCACACUCGAUUCCUAUCUUUUACCUCUCUUAAUUAUAAUACGCACAUUCCUUUUUCGAAGGCCAAAGAGAGGAAUUUCAUGCAAGAUGCUCCACGCAUUUGGAGAACUUUUUCAAGGGUGACACACUCUUACAAAGAAAUCUACAACGAAUUUUACCAAUUGAAGCUUACAGCAAUGUCAAGGAUGAACUCUCAACGUUUGGAGCUCGAGUAGCUACAGACAUCUACAAGUAUAUUAGCAGAAAGUCUCUUUGAAUUGCAAUCACUUCACCAAUCCCUUCCCAUCACCAAUCUGGGAAGGAACUACAAACAUUUUGAGUUUGGACGUACUCAGAGCAUUGGCCAAAAGUGAAGGCCAAGUAUUGGUUGCGUUUCACCAGAGGAUCCAAGGUGUUCUCGACUCGACAACCAACCCGUCCUUAGCCGAGUGUUGCACUCAAUUGGAGAAAUACCGUUCCCAAUUGAUUUCGUUUCGCCCAGAAGAAUCUCGAUCAGUUGGAAUACGUCGCCCGCGAUUUCGCUUUCGGCCUGGCUCGCACUCUAGCCGGUGCCUUGCUCCUGGAACACGCUUCGUGGGGCAGAGCAGUAGACAGCGAUCGUGCUGCAGCCGAACGUUGGCUAGGACAACGAGAUCUCCUUGCCCAAUCUCUGGUUUCAGGACAGACUGCAAGCCAUUCAUCGCUAUCCGUCCAGCAACUCGACGAAGCUUUGGUCUUUGAUGGAUACGAUCAAAAGAACCUACUCUCGCCCCUCUUUUGAAAUUUUCCCCAUUUCAGUCUUUCCCUUCUCAUUAAAACGAAACUCAGGAUAGAAUAUGGAUUUAACAGGAACUGCCAUCCCCGACCCCCCCAAAAACUUAAAGGCCCAUCAUAUAAGAACGUUUACAGAAUUGAACGACCGAACUUGUACUAGGGAGAAAGUUGAUAUUGAUCUAAAAUUGGAAUGGGAGUUCGAUUUCAACGAUCCUGAUUAGCAAGAGGCCCAGUAUGAAAAUACGGAUCGAGACAUGUUUGCAUUUGUCAUAAGAAAUAUCGCAAAAAAUUCAAAUGCUGCGCAUGUAAAGAAUAUAGCAAUCUUUAAGGAUUUUUCCCUUUUCUCUUAAGAGCCAGACCUGAAAGUUGCGCUACCAGUUUCUAAAAUAAGUCAAAAGAUUCGUGCGACCAGUUUGGCAGAAGAUUAUUGGCCAAAUUGUCAACUCCAAACAAAAGUGGCUCUACAUUCUAACCAGUUCCCCCACGUGUUUUGCGGUUUAGGGUCUUAUUUUCAAAAUUCCAGUGUUUGAAAAUGGACUCAAGUGAAGUGAAAUUAUCUAGCGAUGACCUUAACCCACUACAAACUAUUGCCCGAAGAAAUUGUGGCUUAUUCCACGUUAUAACACAAUUAUAGCAAUUGAACGGCCGAACGUGUUAAGGGAAGAAAGAUGUUUUCCAAAAGGAGUUGUACAGAUGCACCAUCAAACUCCUUCCAGAUUCCAGUAUUUUCGACACAAAAAUCGGUAAGUUCUUUUUUUUCAAUCAUUCCUUCCCUGUUACCUGUCUCGUAUAAUUGUUGUUGCAUUGCGCUUCUCUGGAUGGAUGGAAAUGGAUUGGAUGUUCAUCAUUCAUAUCAUUGCUGCCAGUAAAAAGAAUAAUGAUUGCGCCGAAUUUAAAUUUAAUUGUUACCUGGCUGAUUACAACUUUCCACAGGUACAUUAAGAUUCAUUAAAUGACAAACAACGAAUUGCUGGUGACUGGGACCCUGCAUGUAGUUACGUGGGUAAACAGGUACCGAAUCCUUCGUGUAAAACAUAAUAGAAAGGGAAACUUUUUCGCAACUAAUUCAUAUACGGUCAUCUAACUCUAUCUUAGUAGGUCAUGACAUACGCGUAUUCCAAAUAGCGCGAUCUCGGGUUGGUUUUCACCCUUUCUGAUUGGAUUCGUGAUGUUGAGGUUGCUUUGCGAGACAAUUCAUUAUCAAACAGUCAGCACCCACUGACACUACUACAAAAUAAUCAGUUCCCCAUUCUUUAUUAUUACUCCCAGUGUUUGUUUAACUUGAAAGUUGUAUAAGUCAGCAGCGUCAAUAUGAGCUUGAAAGUAAAUCAUUGUUGUUGUGGUUGCUCCCUACAAACUGGCACCAAAAUUAUUGGAUGGCUCUACUUGGUGUGUGAAAUUAUAGCUAUUGUUAUGUUGGUGCUGGUCGAAGUCUUACCUGAAGAGCAGACGAGUCAGACGACAAUCUCGGAAACUGGAAAUCCAGAAACAUUGGCGAUCAUGGAGAUAGCUAGCAUAGUUAUUGCCGCCAUCAAGAUCCUAGUCACCGUGCCACUUCUUAUUGCGGCUUAUAAGAAUAGUCGACCGAUGCUACUUUUACCUUGGCUCAUUUUCGCCAUCGUAACUGCGUUAAUAGCAAUCGGCACCGGAAUAGCAUCCGUAAUCAACUCAAGUGGCAAAGAAAAUUUUUUCAAUGAAAUAAUCGCCAACACUGCUGUUAAUUUUCUUGGAUCUGCUCUUACAAUCUACUAUUGGAUAGUCGUCUACAGCUUUUAUCGACGACUGAGAGAAACACAACCAUAACAGCUAUAAAAACGCAUCUUAAUUUCGAUUCAAUAUUUAUUAAAACUCUUCAGCAUUUGCAUUAGUCUAUGGCCAAUGGAGAAUCUAAUAUAUUAAGUAUAACCGAAGCGUCAAGGAAAAUGAAUUUCCCUCUUUGAUUUGGCAGUUUCAGGAUGUGACCGUGGAAUCACCAAGUUCAUCGAUCCCGUCGUCGUCCGGACUUGUAUUCAAAAAGAAACAAAAGAGUAAAGGAGUGGGCGGAUUUGGUAAAAUCAUUUCAUUUUUACUUCCCACUCAAAAAGAAAAUCGGCCUUGACUAUUCCAGAUAAAGGGUAGUGGCUUGCAUUUGUUUUGUUACGUUAGAAAAGGCAGCCCACACCUGAACUGUAUUAUUAUAUGUGAGAAACUGAGAACAAAGACGUCGUAGUAAUGCUUCAAAGUUCAAACUGUAUUUGAGAAAAUUGAUUUCCAAGUGCAAGUGGUACAACAGACGACAACAGAUUGCGUGUUUGUUUUCACUGUAUUUCGGACUUGUACUUUCGCUGUCGAGUGCAGCAUUUUUCCAUCCUUGUGCGAACGUGUGUUGUGUGCAUUAAAUUGUUGAUGUGAACUGAAUAAUGCCGGUUUAUUACACCUCUGUCAAAGCUAACAAUAAUGCAUUCCAAUCAGACGGAAAUGGAAUAGUCGGCUGUCAGUUGAAUCAGUUCUGUUGCGGAUACUCACUCCGAACCGGAACCAAAGUCGUUGGUUCCCUGUCUAUGCUAGGAGGAGUGGCAGUGCUCAUUUAUUCUCUAACUGUCAUCUCCAGUUUGAAUAAUGCGCGACAUGGGAAUUAUUUCUUGUUGGGUAAUUCGUUAGGAAAUGCAAAUGAUUCCAAAAUACCCAUGACAAGUUUCGUCACGUCGGCCGUCGCCAUUGUUUGCUCGAUUCCCGUUCUCGUUAUGGCCUAUAAGAAUCUCAGUCCGAGGCUUCUCGUCCCUUGGCUAGUGGUGAACAUUGUGCCGUCGCUCGCCGUCAUUGGGUUCUUCAUUUACUUGGCCGUUUUUGAGCUAAUAACUGAAGGCUUGGAUGACAUCAUAGGAAUAAUAGUCAUCUUCGCCGGUGUUCUUUCAGGAGCGAUUUGGUUCUACUUUUGGCUGGUCAUCUACAGCUUCUAUCAGAAUCAAAAGAUAAACGAUAGGCAGCCGCUUCUGGACGACCAGAGCUAACACGAAGAAUAUUAAUUUACAUUUACUAAAUGAGCUAAUCUUUGAAGAAUACAAAUUUGAACUUGUC